UGGCCGCGGCCGAACGCCCGGAGUGGCGGCAGUUCGGUGCGCACGCGCGCCUGGUGCUGAGGGAGAAGAACCGGGGCUGGGAUCCGAUGCAGUUUCAAGGGUGUCUGAAUGACCAGGUGAAAACUUGAUCUGAACUAGGACUUCAAGUGGAGAUGAUGCUGUCACCACUUCUUGAACCACCCCCCUUUGUGACAAAGCAAACAAUUCCUGUAUCCAGAUGCUGCACAAAUAGUGAGGAACAAUGGACUGGCCCCCAACAAAGAGUCAACAGAUGCUGGAGGAAGGUGUCCCACCUGAAGUGGAGAUGAUCUGGAAAGCUGAAGCACUCUGAAUGAACCAACAUGGGUUUGCGAGUGUUGGGCUGUCUCUUUAAUUUACCCACUGCUGUGAUCUAUGGGUCGCUGUCGCUCUUUGUUUCCAUUUUGCACAAUGUGUUCCUCCUAUAUUACGUGGACACCUUUGUUUCUGUUUACAAGAUUGAUAAACUGUCCUUUUGGAUUGGGGAGACAGUGUUUCUAAUUUGGAACAGCCUCAAUGACCCUCUCUUCGGCUGGUUGAGUGACCGGGUAUUUCUUAGCACGCAACAGUCAGGGGUGGAGAUCUCCUCACCAGAAGUCAUUCUUAAGAGACUUAAGGCACUGAGCCGCAAUGGGCCCCUUUUUGCCAUCUCUUUCCUGGCUUUCUGGGUUUCGUGGGCCCAUCCAGGUCUCCAGUUCCUCCUCUGCCUCUGCCUCUAUGACAGCUUUCUUACCAUGGUGGAUCUCAACCACAAUGCCUUGCUCGCAGACCUUGCUGUUUCUGCAAAGGACAGGACUAGCCUAAAUUUCUACUGCUCGCUUUUUAGUGCCAUCGGUUCCCUCUCUGUCUUCAUGUCCUAUGCAGUGUGGAACAAAGAAGACUUCUUUUCUUUCCGGAUAUUUUGUGUGGUGCUGGCUCUCUGCUCUGUUGCUGGGUUUACUCUGGCAACGUGGUUGCUAAGACAACGAUUUGAGACUGAAGUGAAAGUGAAAUGGGACCAAGAAUCAACUUUAAAAGAAUUGUACAUUGAGCAACCAUCUGCCCCGCUGGAGAAGAGGAUUACACUGGGCGAAUACCUCAAACAGCUGUCCCGGCACCACAACUUCCUCUGGUUCGUCUGUAUGAACCUAGUACAGGUUUUUCACUGCCACUUUAACAGCAACUUCUUCCCUCUCUUCUUGGAACACUUGCUGUCAGAUCGGAUCUCUCUCUCUACAGGAUCCUUCCUACUAGGUAUUUCCUACAUCGCCCCUCAUCUCAACAACCUCUAUUUUCUGUCUCUCUGUCAAAGAUGUGGGGUUUAUGCGGUGGUGCGAGGGCUCUUCUUCCUGAAGCUGGCUCUCAGCAUCAUCAUGCUUCUAGCUGGACCCGACCAGGUGCAUCUUCUCUGCAUCUUCAUAGCCAGUGCUCCCUGUUUCCACGUGCCGCUGAGUCAUGCCCUGUCUGCUCUGCUCCGCAGUAACCGGGUGUUCACGGAAGGAACCUGCAAGCUGCUGAACCUGGUUGUCACUGACCUGGUGGAUGAAGAUUUUGUCUUGAACCGCAGGAAGCAGGCUGCCUCGGCGCUGUUGUUUGGGAUGGUUGCCUUGGUAACCAAGCCUGGCCAGACCUUUGCCCCCCUGAUUGGCACCUGGUUGCUCUGUACUUAUACUGGUUAUGACAUUUUCCAGCGGGCCCCUCUGAGCAACGUGGUGAGCGCCCAACCGAAGCUGGCGUCCAACGCAGCCUGGGAACCAACUCUGCGCCAGGGCUGCUUUUACCUCCUCGUCUUCAUCCCCAUCACAUGUGCAUUACUGCAGCUCCUCAGCUGGUCGCAGUUCAGCCUGCAUGGAAGGCGCCUCCAGAUGGUCAAGUCCCAGCGCCAGAGCCUGACUCAGAGUCGAUCACGAGAGAUCAGAAUGAUCUAGAUGUGCCUGAGCCCUUCGGCUCUCACUGACUCUGUGCUGUGGGUGUGGUUACGCCUCUCUGCAGUCCAGGGGAUGCAGACUGAGGCGAGGGGGCUUGCUGGCUAAGAACUGAAAGUGUUUACAAUUCAACUGUGAAAUGCUCACAAUGCAGACGUUUCCUCGCUCCAGGAGGCAGUCGGUUUGGAAGGCAGGUACGUCCGAGACAGGGGUGACUGGUGUGUGCUCAGAGUGGGGGCGUUUGCUCAGGCAAUCAGAUGGAGUCUUAGCUCUUGCACUUUUUGAGGUGCUGCUGAUCUCAAGGGAGGGUGGGUGACAGUGGCAUAGCGUAAAGGAGACAGACAUUCUAACACGGUCUCUAGUGCAGUAUCUCACCCCGUGGCGCAUCAGUGGGAGAGCAGAUGCUGUUGGGCCAGCCCCGUGGUGGUUUUGUGCAGUGCUAUCCAGGAAACCUGGGCUCACGGCAGCUCUGCACUAGAAAUUUUACCAGUGUGCUAGUUAAGGGGGUGACUUGUUUUAUUUUUUUACUGCAAAAGUCCCAGUGUAGAUGCGGUUAUACCAGCAAAAUAAAGCUUUUAUGGAUAAAGCUUAUUUGGUUCAGGGAACUGGUAUAAGCCACACAAGCAAAAGCACUCUUGUGAGGCUAUAAGCUGCAUCUCCACCUAGCCUGACCUGCAGUCCUUGCUAGUGUGGACUAGGCCUUUGUCUCCUGCCCUGCUCGCGCUCCCUGGCUCAGCAGGAGCAGGUAGGUUGCAGAGGCAUUGUGGUCAUCUCCUUCGGGGAGUGGAUGCUGUUCCUCACCAGGCUCUGCAGUCAGUUAGGGGGCAGGCUUGACAUUCUCCAGCUGGAAGAAGUGGUGACUCUGGGGCAGGGCUCUGGAGUUAGAAGGGGGUAUACAGGAUGAAAAGUUGGGAUGGGGGAAUCUUCUAGGUGUUUGGGAAUUGGGAUUUGAGACUCUUCAAUGUAGCUACUCCCUGCUGCCAUAAUGCCUGACACCUAAUUCACUGCAGAGAAGUGACACAGUUCUUAGAUCAAGCCCAUUCUGUUGGGUUCAGGACAAGUCUGUUCUCCAGAAUCAUUUAACGUGAAGCAGAAUUCCUUUAGCAAGAUCAAUGCUCGUAUCGCUGCUGCAGAUGUCUCUCCUGGGACGUUGCUAAAUGUGACACUUCUUGAAGUCAUUCAACAGCCCAGAAGAAGCUGGGUGGACUUGCCCAUUGAGCUGGGAGCCCAAAUGAGGGGAACUCUCUGCUAAGAGUCCCAAUGCUAAUCGCUUUCACGCAACCCGCAGAGGCUUGUGUGAAUGUGAUGCCGGAGUCCCUGCAGUGAACGGGCAGGGUGGGGGGAGAGCCCACCUUCUCCUUUCGUGUUACUGCCUUUCAUCCGGGGGUUGCUUAUCUGCUGCUUUCUCUGCUAAAUGGCUCCUGGUUCUUGAAGCCCGUUUUUAAACAGAGUUUAGGCCCUCCUGAUGUGGGGAGGGGGCUCUAAAGCCACCCCCACCCCAAAGGGAGUUGAUACAGCAACACCAGCUUUGUUGGGGACCUGUCCACCAGCAAGACCCAGGCCCAGUGAGAUUGCUGAGCACCAUAACCCCUCCUCUUUGCAGCCUGUAAGCAAGACAGCACAGGGCCUUACCACACAAGCAUUCAUCCCUGCAGCACAAGCAAUCCCCCUGAAAUAACAGAACUGCCUCAGCCUGGAGCUGUAGGAUUGAGCUCCAUGGAACCAAACUGUACCUAGUAAGGGGAAUAGUUUUGUCUCCCCUCCCAGUCUGGGGGCAGUGGAGCCUCUAUUUUAAAUCAUCCUGACAAACCUGAUUAUGAGCCUAAGUCUGAGCCCAUCCCUCUCCACUGCUGGGGAGGGGAAGCCCAACCCUGCCCUGCUACCCAGGUUCUUCUUGUACUCCUAGUUCUUCUCUUCUACCAGUAGUGAAAUUCAGGUCCCACUGAAGUUUAUGGUAAAACUCCCACUGACUGCAGUGGGGGCAGGAUUUCACCCCAUCUGUGUAAAUAGACGUUAGUUUUGUGUCAUCAGAGAGUAUACGUGCUGAGAAUUUAGAGCAGUAUCUAAACCAGUGAGAGUGCCAGCUCUGAUGAUAAACUGCUUAGAUUUUUUUGUCUUGUCUUGUUUUAAACCAUAUCCUAGUGGUUGGUUGACUAACUCUGCAGCCAAACAGAAGUUCUGGAGCGAGAUAGCUUGAGGGGUUGAAAUGUACAGAAGACCUUGAUCACGCUGGGGUCGGAACAAGCGCACAUUUGUAGCUAGCACAGCUCUGAUCCGGGUUGCAUGCAGGGGCCGUCGAUCUGUGACAUCCCCUAACUGGUUUGUCUCAGUUUAUGCUGAGUUGGCAAAACUGGAUCAUGACCAAGAUGCAUCGUGCCAAAGCACUUUGGGAUUUGGUCUCAGUUUUGGCUGGAGGUGGAUAAGCACCCGCCUACUCUCACAGCUGCAGGAGAACAGGGAAAGUAUCGGGAGCAUGUGAAGGCCAAACUCCCCCAUCAUGUAUGUGCUGUGUAUUCAGUUAGACACCAGCCAGGUGCCCCCUUUGGGGCUUCCUCUUGUUCUGCUGUUAAAGGUGGAGCCAGCCAAACUACUGCCGUUUCACCUCAGGACCCAGCCGCCUCGGGUCUCAGACCAAGCUGUAAUAGUUACCACCUGGAGGCGUCUGUAUCUUUUGGUGGUUAAAUCAUAACUUAUUUAUGUAAUUUUUAACAAACUUUGACAGAGUCUUCAUUUCCUAAUGAGCUGAUUAAAAAUGACCUUUUGUGUA